AUGCUUUACCCGACGAACAGGCAAAUGUCCGAAAAGUUUCACAAGGACUCCGGCGCUCUGAUCAACAUCGGCCUUAACGAGAUGCAGAUUGCCCCUAUUGAGGGGCUUUCUCAGCACAAACAGAAGGACUUCCCGCCUUCGCCGACAUUCAACCUUUUGAACGGAUGUCGCGGUACGGUGUAUGAGGAGGGUAGCAACGUCACCACUCUUCAGCCUGGCAAGAAAUUCGAUGUCAAAUGGACGAUUCAGGCACCUCACCCAGGCUUCAUGAAGCUUAGUAUCCUCAAGCCGAGCGAGGACUCCAAUGCCGUUCGCUGA